AUGCAAAAUAUCUUAGACGAUGACAAAUGUGGCAAGAAGGACUAUGUGGCAACUGGAGUGGAGCAAGCACUGGUUCUACCUGCAACAAGGGAUGAAACCUGUAAAUGGAAUAUCACCACAACCUCGCACAGAGAAAUUGAAAUAACCAGAGUCCCAAGUACCGCUCCGGUUUCAGAUGAGAUCAACAGCAAGGAUCAGUGCGUUACAGUUUAUAACACAGAUGGUUCACACUGGGAGCUAGGACAAAAGAUUUGUGCCGAGCAAGGAAAAAACCAUUUCACUGGUGAAGCUGGCAAAGACAUCACUAUUGAGUUUGAGGCUCCAAAAGAUCCUAGUCAAAUGAUGUCCAAUUUCAAGGUUUACUAUGUAUAUGAUACAGUGAGCGAUGAAAGAUGUGGUCAGGUUCCUGGAAAACCAACGACCACUGAUCAAUACUUCAUGGUAGCUCAAACUGGAGAUGUCAUUCCAAAAGGCUUGCUCUGUCUGUGGAGCAUUCCAACCAGCGAUGGGAAAGGUAUCCGAGUCAGCUUGGAUGUGCAAUCGCCGAAAACGGACACGCAGUGUGUCGCUGUCGCUAAUGCAGACCAAACCGGAGCAUCGAUUAUCUGUGGCAAACAGCAAAACAACACGUUCACUUCGUCCCCCGGUAAAGGCGCCCUGGUCGCAUAUGCUGACGAAUUGGCAGGAGGGACCCAACAGUCUAACUUCAAAAUACAUUAUCAGUUAGAUGUCGCCACCAAAUCCAUGUUGCCCACAAUGCUUCUCAGUUUAUCUGCUUUGUUCAGCGUGUACGGUCGAGAAUGGUGA